UGGGAGCGGGUACCUGUCAAAUUCAGGUACCCGCUCCCACUUCUGGUCCAAUCGCCUAGGCGAUCCGAAACAAAAGGUGUCCUCCCUCCCUGUAGUCUUUUGGGACAUGUGACAGGUCCCAGAAGACUACAGGACCAUUCAUGAAGCGCAGCACUACUCGCGCAUGCGCAGUGGGUACCCGGCUGUGAAGCUGCAAGCUAUCACAGCCAGGUGCCCACACUGAAGAUGCCGGCCUCCUGGAAUACAGGACAGCCAGUGAAACGGGCUGCGGGGGACACAACAUGG